AUCUGGGGGAGGGGUGUUAGAGACUCGUAUCUCAUUCUGUUCAGAUAAAAGUUCUUGAGAAACUCACACAGGAGCGUGUGUUGGCUGAGGGGAUGGAGUGUCAUUAUCGAAUCAAUCAGAGAGCUACCCUGGAACGCAUGGAGGGCGAGAGAAAACAGCAGGUAGCUGCUUCCAAUGCUGUGAAAAGCUGGUGCAUGUCUAAGAUUCAGGAUCUUGAAGUGCGAAUGCCUGCAGAGACACAGAACUACAAACUUCUGCGCUCUCCGUCUGUGGAUCAGUCUCUGGUGGAUUCAGACCCCGAGGGUCUCCCGCUGCUGUCGCUCAUCUCUGAGGGGAGCUCCAGCUCGCUGGCCACUUACGUCAAUGUGUUACCCAGCCCAGGAGCAGGUCCUAACAAUGACGGGAAAAGUCUUGAAUUUGGGGACACACGUGGGAAGAGAUACUUUGAGAUGAAGCUGAACGGUUCUUCAGGGGAAUAUCGUAACCUGGCAGCUCCUUCAAUGGUCAAACACAAACCUCUAUCACGGAAGCUGGCGACUGCUGACCCCAAGUGGCACCGAGCAGAAGCACAGGAGGUUGAUGUCUCAAAGUGCAGGUCAGACAAAGGGGAUGAACUGUGUGACAGCAGUGGCAGCAGCAGCCUGUCCACAUCCAGCAAGUGUUUCAACACCAGCGAUACAGAACCAGCACCCGGCCCGGCCCGGCAACACAGCAGGCAUCUAAAGGACAGGAUUCAAGCACAUCACGCACAAACCCUGCAGAGCAACACCAUGAAGACCCUGGAGGUCACCUUCACCCAAGAGCGGGCAAACUUGCAUGCCAUGGAGGUGACACAGCGGUUCUUUGAGACGGUCUCCACACAGCUGGAACGCUGGUACGAGAGGAAGAUCCAGGAAGCGCAGAAGGUGGCAGAAGAGAAAGCUCUGCAGGACAGAGCCAGUCUACUGGAGAGGAUCAGCAUCCUGGAGGAAGAGCUACAGAAGCUUCGCACUAACACUAAUUCAAACUCUUGACACAUAUGAUGCUACAUAUGCCUAGAUCUCUUGAUUCCGCCUAUAUGUAAGUCAUGGCCAUAUAAAUGGGAAUGGAGCUUUGUAAACACUAUAGUAAAACACUACAGUAAAGUUUAAUUUCGACCAUGGCAGCAAUUAUUAUGUGUAGGUUGAGGUUAAGCUAAUGGCACAAUGAUUCUAAUGCUAUGUUAGGGAACUGAGUAUUUCUUUGUUCAUUGUUAAAUCACAUGGAAAAGUUCACCCAUAUUAACAUUUCACAAUAUUAACAUUUUCCUCGAAAUUUUUUAUUUUUUCGUGUGUUCCAAGGAGGAAAGAAAAUCAUACCUAUGGUAACAUAGUGAAUAAAAAUGGACAGAAUUUGUAUAUUUGUAUAAACUAUUACUUUAAAUGUGAAUAAAAUAUCUUCACUCCAACAAUUUGGAGUUAGUUUUUGUGGAUUAAAAUAUUGUAAAUUAGGUGAAUUUCAGUCAGUUGAUUCUUAAUGACUACUGUAGAUGAACAGUAAAUACCUUUCUUUUAAUUCUAGAUGGAAUUACUUUAAGUUACAUAGUUCUGUUUUUGUUCUUGUAAAAUAUCUAAUAUAUUGUUUGGUUUUUCAGUCUGUGCACCUGUACAAAAUAUAAUUAAAUGUAUUUAAAAAAUUGCAAUUAUAGUUGCUCAACUUGAGA